AUGGCCCGCGGUGGGCGCCGCUGGCCUCACCGCCUCUGCCAGGGGAAGAUGGUGGCGGCAGGGGUGCUGGCCGGCCUCUCGCUGCUCAGCCUCCUCACCUACGGCUACCUGGCCUGGGACAGCCUCGGGCUCGGCCCCGCGCAGACGGAGGCGACGAGCACCGGGCUGGGAGAGGAGCCGGGGGCCGGCGGCCCCAGCUCCCAGCCUCACAUCAUCUUCAUCCUGGCUGACGAUCAGGGAUUCCGAGACGUAGGGUACCACGGAUCGGAGAUCAGGACACCCACUCUGGACAAGCUAGCUGCUGAAGGGGUUAAACUGGAGAACUACUAUGUCCAACCUAUGUGCACACCAUCCAGAAGCCAAUUUAUCACUGGAAAGUACCAGAUACACACCGGCCUUCAGCACUCCAUAAUACGGCCAACCCAGCCCAACUGCUUACCUCUGGAUAACGUCACGCUACCUCAGAAGCUGAAGGAGGUGGGUUAUUCCACGCACAUGGUUGGCAAGUGGCACCUGGGCUUUUAUCGCAGGGAGUGCAUGCCCACGCAGAGGGGGUUCGACACGUUCUUCGGCUCGCUGCUGGGCAGUGGUGACUAUUACACACACUUCAAAUGUGACAGCCCCGGCAUCUGUGGCUACGACCUGUACGAGAACGACAACGCGGCCUGGGAUCAUGACAAUGGCAUCUACUCGACGCAGAUGUACACACAAAAAGUACAGCAAAUCUUAGCUUCUCAUAACCCCAGGAAGCCUAUUUUCCUCUAUAUCGCUUACCAAGCUGUUCACUCACCCCUCCAGGCACCAGGCAGGUAUUUUGAACAUUAUCGAUCGAUAAACAACAUCAACAGGCGGAGGUAUGCUGCCAUGCUGGCUUGUUUGGAUGAAGCCAUCCACAAUGUAACCCUGGCUUUGAAGAAGCAUGGUUACUAUGACAACAGCAUUAUCAUAUAUUCUUCAGAUAAUGGGGGGCAGCCAAUGGCUGGAGGAAGUAACUGGCCUCUGCGAGGAAGCAAAGGAACUUACUGGGAAGGAGGUAUCCGUGCUGUUGGCUUUGUCCAUAGCCCUCUUCUGAAAAACAAAGGGUCUGUGUGUAAGGAGCUUGUGCACAUCACAGACUGGUUCCCCACUUUGAUCACACUGGCAGAAGGACAGAUCGAUGAAGAUAUCCAACUGGAUGGCUACGAUAUAUGGGAAACCAUUAGCGAGGGCAGACGUUCUCCACGGGUAGACAUCUUACACAACAUUGACCCCAUUUACACCAAAGCUAAAAAUGGGUCCUGGGCAGCUGGCUAUGGGAUCUGGAACACUGCCAUUCAAUCUGCCAUCAGAGUGAAUCACUGGAAACUACUGACAGGAAACCCGGGAUACAGCGACUGGGUACCUCCCCAGGCCUUCAGCAACGCUGGCCCCAACCGCUGGCACAACGAGCGCGUUUCCUGGUCAGCUGGCAAAACCGUGUGGCUCUUCAACAUAACUGCUGACCCCUACGAGCGAGUGGACCUCUCUGCCCGGUACCCAGACGUAGUGAAGCAGUUGUUGCGGAGGCUGUCGCAGUUCAACAAGACUGCAGUUCCUGUUCGAUACCCACCGAAGGACCCUCGGAGUAACCCCAAGUUGAACGGAGGAGUCUGGGGUCCGUGGUUUAAGGAGGAUGAAAAGAAAAAGAAAUCAGAUAAAAGUAAAGGUGCAAACAAGCAAAAGAAGACCAAGACCAAGAACAAGAAAAAGGCAAAUCGGAAAAAAGGGCAAUCGCUACAUUGCCGUUCACGUCUUGCUGGUGGAUAG